AUGUUGAGAUUAUCUUCAAAGUCAGUGGCAAGGUUUCGUUGCGUGUCGAAGCAAUGGGCAUCAAUGUUUGCUAGUCCAUACUUCAGGAAGUUGUUCCAGACCAGGUCCUCCGCUAAGCCGAGUCUCUUAUUCGCCAUCGCAGACUACGGAAUUGAAGAAGAUUACAGUAUGAAAUUCUUCUCAUCGCCUCAGCUUGAGAAUCCAUAUGAGAAAUCGUCGCCAACUCUUGUAGCAGCCGCUGAAUUUCAUGUGAAGUUCUCUCCAGACAAGUUAAUACCAAUCAAUCAUUCUUACGACCCAAGAUAUUUUUCAAUUGGCUACGCCUCUGGCUUGAUAUAUAUCUAUGGUGAUCGAUACGUGGCUAGACCUCUAAUAUGUAACCCCAACACAGGACGGUAUGUGAUCUUACCUAAUCGGUAUACUUACAGAAAGGCGUAUAGCUUUUUCGGGUUUGACCCGAUUGGCAAGCAAUACAAGGCAUUGUCCAUUGCUUAUCCAUCUGAUCCUGGUCGUCAUAAAAUACUUACAUUAGGAGAUGGAGAUCUGACAUGGAGAAAGAUCAAAUGUCCCGUACCACGACCUGGUAUUAAGGGUGAUGGGAUAUGCAUCAAUGGGGUUUUGUAUUUCUUAGCUGAGAGAAAUGAGCUAGAGUCUGAUUAUGUGAUAGUUUGCUUUGAUGUUAGGUCUGAGAAAUUCACAUAUAUUGACGUAGAGAGGAUUUGUCGAUUGAUAAACUACAAGGGCAAAUUAGCUAUGAUUUAUUGGGAGGAUGAUGUCGACAUUUAUGAGAUUAAUCAUAUGGCUGGGAAGAAUCUUGAUAAGUAUUUGGAGGAAAAUCUCGAUGUUGAUGCCACUAAUGAGUUGCAUGUGUGGGUUCUAGAGGAUGUUGAGAAACAGGAAUGGUCUAAAUAUGCCUACACUUGGACCGAUGAUACAUUCUUCCGUCGUCACCUUUCCAUUGCUGGAGCCACUGUUUCGGGUGAAAUAGUGUUUUCGAUACGCAAGUACACAUCUAAACAACCGUUUUAUGUUUUCUACUUCAAUCCCGAAUCGAACACUCUCCAACGUGUAGAAACCCAAGGUUUUGGUGAAGCAUUUAAGGCAGAAACUUGUAGCGUUCGCACCUUUGUAAACCACGUAGAGAAUCUUGAUGUUAACGAUUUAAAACAACUCAAGUCAGGCCAUCCUCCAUUGGUGCAGCCAGAAAAUUAUUGUCUAUCAGACUCAGAUUCAGAAUCAGACGGACAAGGAGAUGAAAAAAGGUAGAGACGAUCAUUUUGUGCUCUUAUCAGAAUCAGACUUUGUUUUUUGUCAACCUUAUCUAAUUGACG